UUUCCGAUUGUCGUAAAUGCAUCACGAGAGCAUGUACGCGUCACGAGGUGAACACAUUCAUUCCGGUCCUGCCGUGAAUGGGUGCCGAAGUUGAAUUGCUUUGAUCAGAGUUCAUUCGCUUUGACCAAAGGCUGCCGACUGAGUCCCCCCCCAACCCUCUUUAUUGCUGCUCCACUUUUUGUCUCUGACUUCUUUCACUCACUGUCUAUCUUGGAUUGACAAGACGCAUUGUGGUGGACGUUGACUGAUCCCUGUGGGCUGGAUCAGACAUUGACGAAUCAGACGUGGACUUUGAUCCCUGUGUUGAGGAUCAAACUUUUUUUUUUUGAUCCUUGUGGUGUGGAUCAGACGUUGACUUGAUCCCUGGUAUCUGGAUCAGACCUUGACUUGAUCCUUGCCUGGAUCGGACCUUGACUUGAUCCCUUGCGGUGCGGGAUCUGAUUGAAAAAAAAAACCUGCCUUGGGAUUGGCAUUGAAAUAUAACCCUGUUGUGGGCUGUGCAUUCAAAAUAUAACCCGUUGUGGGCUGUGCAUUGAAAUAUAACUUCUUGGACCUGGGCCUAACUGAAAUAUUACUACCUGUUGUGUGGAAUCCAAUUGAGAAAAGUGCAAGACACGAGCCAUGCCACGCAAAAGCAAGAAGGCGCAAGCUGCCAAGGUAAGCUGGCAACAGCGUAAAAACAACACAGACUCUGGAAGUGCAGAUAAACCAACAACUGCCAAACAAUUGAUGGCCACUGAACCUGGAAACUCUACGGAGGUAAUGAUGUCUACAUCUCAUGAUCCUGUAACAUGUGUUUUGGCAUCCUACAGUCAAGAUCAUCCAAAGUAUGCUGAUUCCAGAAACAGUCAGUGUGCUGCAAACUCUGCUACAUUUCUAGCUUUCCUGCAGGAGACAGACAAUGUGACAAGUGCUCACCUGGACCUUGUUCUCGAUCGAGGCAAUGAGCUCUAUGUGGCUACUGUGGCUGUGCUGAAAGCAGAAGGACGAUACGAACAUCCUCAUUUGGCAACCGAUGAAAUUCCAGCCAUUGUGAAUGGCUUUCACAAACAACAUGUGUUAAUAAAGUAUCAGUCAAUGUAUGGUCUUUUCAAUUCCUCUAUUGCUGAUGUGGCAUUUAUGAUGCUCUGUGACGGACUUCAGUGUCUGGUGUCAGAGGUGAAAUAUGCUGUUUUGGUUAUGAAUUCAUUGUUUAUUGCUGUUUUCCGAAACCAACAAGGACGAUAUGGCUAUUUUGAUCCACACGCCAGAGAACGUGAUGGGCUCCCUCCGCCCUCCGGUGCACCACGUGGUACAGCUGUCAUGAUGCUAUUUACAUGUUUGAACGAUCUGAUAGAUAAGCUCAUACAGGUUUUCACUCUGGCUGGUGCCGCUCCCACUACUCAAUAUGAAUUGAUGCCGGUAAGUUUUCAACCUGUUGACAAUGCAAGUGACCGUCAAAUGGCGACUGAUGCAGAAUCUUCUCCAAUGACAACACACAAUGAUGACGCUAUGUUAAGCCAGUCUGCUGCUGAGAUGACACACAACAGUAAGGUGGUAUGUACACAACAACAAAAAACACGAGAUGUGUUGAAAAUUGCGAGAUCCAAAAGGAGAACAUUUGCAAGACGAACUCAAGCUUACAACAUAAUUGACAAAGCUAUGGCGAGAGUCACAAAACAAGAAACAAGGCGAAUAAACGCAAACCUGAAAAAGAAGGAACGUUACAGCCAAACUCCAGAGAUUAGACAACGUAAAAAGUCUUACAUAUUGACUCGCUACCAGCAAGAUCCUAAUUUCCGUGUAAAACAGAAGUCGUUUGCAGUCGACAAUAGCAAACAUGACACAAUUAAGAUGAAACAGCGUUCUUACACCAAACAGAAAUAUAGUCAUGAUGUUGAGUAUCGGACCAAAAAACGUUCCUAUAUCAAUCAGAGAUAUGGUCAUGACGAACAAUUUCGGAACAAACAACGUUCCUAUAUCAAUCAGAGAUAUGGUCAUGACGAACAAUUUCGGAACAAACAACGUUCCUAUAUCAAUCAGAGAUAUGGUCAUGACGACCAAUUUCGGAACAAACAACGUUCCUAUAUCAAUCAGAGAUAUAGUCAUGACGAUCAAUUUCGGAACAAACAACGUUCCUAUAUCAAACAAAGAUAUGGUCAUGAUGAUGAAUUUAGGCGUAAACAACGUUCUUAUAUCAAAGACCGUUACGCACUUGAUCCUGCAUUCAGAUCCAAGCAGAAGGAGAACUCAAGUUUGCUUUGGAAAGCCAAACAUGAUUCAUCAAUGAAGGCAAAUGCUCAUCGCACUGCAAUGAAAGUACUACAAAAAUACAGAGUCAUUAACAGAUUAUGUAAAGAGAGAAACAAUUGCGCAAUCAUGAAAGCUGUUGCGCUAUUCAAAGUUCAGGUAAAAAAUGGACCGACUUUUGUUUGCACAGUUUGCCACAGAGCAUUAUUUCCCAAUCAAGUACGCCAGCUGACCAAAUAUAAGAAAAACAAGGACGUUGUUGCAAGUUGUCUCACACGAAGGUUUGUUCAUAUUUGUAAUCGUGAAUGUAACACAUGCUGCAAAGUACCGGAUGAGAGAAAAAUGGAGUGGAUAUGUCACACCUGCCAUGCACAUCUCAAAGAUGGUAAAAUGCCAGCACUUGCUGUAACUAACCAUCUCCAACUUGCAGACAUUCCCACUGAACUGUGUGAUCUAAAUAUUCUGGAAAGACAUCUCGUUUCAAAAUGCAUUUCAUUUGCCAAAAUCGUCCCUCUGCCAAAGGGUCAACAACGAGCCAUCCGUGGGAAUGUUGUGUGUGUACCAUCAGAAGUGGAAGAAACGGUCAAUGUCUUGCCCAGACUAAGAAGUAGGUCUCAGGUGUUGAGAGUGAAACUGAAAAGACGACUUUGUUACAAAGGACAUCAGAUAUUUCAAACUGUCACUUGGUCCAAGUUAAUGAGUGCCCUGAUAAAACUGAAACAAAUUCAUCCGCAGUACAGAAACAUCACCAUUCGCGACGAUGCUGACCUUUGUGACCCGACGCUCACUGAUGAUGACAGCGGCUCUGAUGAAGACGAAAUGAACGAGAGUGACUACAAUGAGGAAGACCUCGAGGCAAUCCACGCAUUUGAGAGGGAUGCUCUCUGUGAAUUGAACAGUGACUCACAGAACGAUGCACGUGGUAAUGUGCAGCAACAACAGUGUGCUGAAAAUGUGGAAGAAGGUGAUGCACCAAAUGGUGGGGUUAUCCUGGAGUCAUGUCUCCAACCAAAUGAUGUGUCAGAGGAAAUUAUGAGUUUUACUCAAGGCAUUUACUGUGUGGCUCCUGCAGAAAGAAAUAACCCCGUAAGCUUUUUCAGGACUCCCAAACUUGAGGCCAUGGCAUUUCCAGUGCAAUUUCCAACUGGACAAAACACCCUCGAUGAAGAGAGACAAAUAAAAGUCACACCAAGCAAAUAUUUCAAAACACGUCUGUGUUGUGUGGAUGAACGUUUUGCUCGUGAUACAAACUACUUGUUCUUUGCUCAGUUUGUGACUGAAAUUUACCUGGCAACAUCAAGCAUGAGAAUCCAGCUACGCAAAGGUAAACCUUUUACCAGGGAUGGUCGGAGGAUAAACAAUGCUAUGCUGCAGGACAAACGUGAAGUUGAAAAACUGGUGCGCAGCAAGGAUGCAGUCCGUUUCAUGACGCCCCUGAGAGGCACGCCAGCCUAUUGGGAAAGAACCACCAAAGAUCUUUUUGCAAUGAUCCGACAGCUGGGUACACCCACAUUCUUUUGCACAUUUUCUGCUGCCGAAAUGCGUUGGGAAGAGGUUAUCACUGCCAUUAAAGCGCAACAAGGUGAGGUGGUGAAUUUUGCUGAACUUGACUGGGCCACGAAGUGUGAAAUUCUGCGCAGCAAUCCUGUGACGACAAUGCGCAUGUUUGACAAACGUGUGGAAGCUCUGUUCAGAGAUUUGAUCCUCUCUCCGGCACGACCGAUUGGUGAAGUCGUCGACUACUUUUACCGAUUGGAGUUUCAGCACAGAGGAAGUCCUCACAUUCAUUGCCUCAUAUGGGUUAAAGAUGCCCCUGUAUUUGAGGAAGCCUCAGAAGGAGCCAUCUGCGAUUUUGUGUCCCGCUACAUCUCGGCUCAGCUGCCGGACCCAGAAAAGGAACCCGAGUUGUAUAAAAAAGUCACAGAAGUUCAGAUGCACAGCAAAGGUCACACCAAAACGUGCGUCAAACACCAAGGUGCAAACUGCCGAUUUGGUUUUCCCAGACCACCGUGCGAAACCACAAUGAUCAUCACACCUGUAGCCUGUGAAAAUCAAGAUCAACACAAGGAGAAGCAGGUGGUGGCAAAUGACAAGCUUGUUCGUGUGCAGCGUUUGCUGAAUGAACCCGAAACCUCAUCCCUGACUUUGCCGCAGCUUUUGGCUAAAUGCGAGCUCACUGACGCCGAGUACGUGGAAUGUUUGUACAUGACCGCCUCAAAGAGUUCUGUUGUGCUCAAGCGAGAUCCAAAAGACUGCUGGGUGAACAACUACAACCGCCAUUUGCUUCUUGCCUGGGAUGCCAACUUGGACAUCCAGUACAUUCUGAAUGCCUUUUCGUGCAUCUCGUACAUCUGCAGCUACAUCAGCAAAGCUGAACACGGUCUGAGUCAAUACCUGAAGUCUGUUAUUGAAAACUCACGCGAUGAAAAUGUCAAUGAGAGCGAUGAAAUGAAACAAAUCAUGCAAGCGUACUCAAAGAAAAGAGAAGUGAGUGCUCAGGAGUGUGUCGCACGCGCGUGCGGCUUGCAUAUGAAACAGUCUUCUCGCAGUGUGGUAUUUGUACAAACGAGUGACAAUCCGCUGAAAAUGAGUUAUCCUCUCUCGCUCCUUGAGGGCAAAACGCAGGAGUCUCAUGAAGUGUGGAUGACUGGCCUGCCAGACAAAUAUAAAAGCAGACCCCAAACGAAGGACUUUGAAGUGAUGUGCUUGGCCGAUUUUGCAUCAACAUGCAGAAUUGUUUAUGGAAAACAGGUAAAAGGCAAAAAUGUUUUGCCUCUGCUGAACGACAUGGGCUUUGUCCAGAAAAGAAAAGAAAAAGCUGCGGUCAUCAAAUACUGCAAAUUCUCUGAACAAAAGAAUCCAGAGGAAUAUUACUGCUCCUUGCUCAAGCUGUACCUGCCUCAUCGUGCUAAUUGCCAGUUAAAAUCUGAACGCUGUCCCUCAUAUCAGUUGUUUCAUGAUCAUGCCUGUGUACAGUUACCAUAUAACGACUCUGUGGAGCGUGUGUGCGAAAUUGUCAACAGGAACAGAGAAAGGUAUGAGAAGCACAGUAAAGACAUUGACGAUGCCAUCCAAGAGGUGGAGGAGAGCGGGCUCGUCAUAAACGAAUGGUGCCACCUGGCUCCUGAGAGCGAGUUGCAAAGACUCGAAUGCAUUGAGGAAAACAACGCAAGAGAUGAACCAAAUGACAACGUGGAGGACAAUGUCCCGGACUAUAACGUAAGGUCAGAAACGUCUGAAAUUUCCAUUGCGACAGAAGCUGCUGCCAUCGAUCCCGCAGUGUUACGUGACAUGUAUCGGAACCUGAACCAAAAGCAAGCGUCUGUUUUCUACAAGGUCAGAGAUUGGUGCAUAAAACGUGUGUGUAGCUCAAAGCCCAUCGAGCAGUUCUUCUACCACAUCAACGGUGGCGCCGGGACCGGCAAAUCGCAUCUCAUUAAGUGUAUCUACACCGAGGCUACCAAAAUACUGCAAAGACUACCACGACUGGCUGAGGAGGCCGACAUUUCCAAACAGACGGUCGUUCUCGCAGCCUUCACUGGCACGGCGGCAUUCAACAUUUCUGGGACAACUUUGCAUUGUCUGCUCAAACUGCCGAGAAGUCUCAAACCCCCGUACCACGGCCUGGGCAAUAAACUGGACGAAGUCAGAGCCGAGCUGUCGAUCGCCCAAAUACUCAUCAUCGACGAGAUUUCCAUGGUGUCCAAAGACCUCUUUGCCUACGUGAAUGCCAGGUUGAUACAAAUCAAAGGCAUCAAUUUACCUUUUGGUGGCAUGUCUGUUCUUGCUGUUGGAGAUUUCUUUCAGCUCCCUCCCGUGAGACAGUCCAAACCGCUAUGCGUGUACGAUCCCACUCGGCUGGACCACUGGCGUGACAACUUCAAAAAGAUCACGCUCACCGCCAUCAUGAGGCAGAAAGACGAUGUUGCCUUUGCCGAACUGCUGAACCGACUCCGGGUGAAAGAAAAGUCUGAUGAACUUUCGGAACUGGACAGAGCUCUUCUUGCUACGAGGUACACUUCUCCAGAAAUGUGUCCAAGUCAUAUUCUGCAUGUUUUUGCCACCAAUAAACAGGUAGAUGGCCAUAACUCUGCGAUGCUGGAUCUGCUUCAUAAGGACAUUGUACAAAUUGAUGCAGAUGACUACAAGAAGGACAAACAAACUGGCAGAAUGGCGAGGCAAACUUUCCCUGUGCAAGGCGCUAAGAGCGAGCUCCCGGACUCGAUCAGAGUUGCCCUCGGUGCUCGUGUAAUGCUCACGCGUAAUUUUGAUGUUCAAGCAGGUCUGUGCAACGGGACGUUUGGAAAAAUUGUGGAAUUGGUCAACUAUCCGAAUGAAGCCCGCGUAAAGAAAGUUGGGUUGGAACUUGAUCAUGUGAGUAACACAGCGCGUGCCGCUAACCGUGUGUACAUUGACAGACAGGAGGAGAAGCUGAAAAAGCCUGGAGUGACGCGCCGACAGUUUCCCAUCAAGCUUGCUUUUGCCUGCACGAUCCACAAGGUACAAGGCAUGACAACAUCAGAGGCUGCUGUUUCGCUGAAAGGCGUUUUCGAACACGGCAUGGGGUACGUAGCUCUGAGUAGAGUGACCUCGCUCAGCGGUCUGCAUAUUCUGCAUAUGGACGAGAGAAGACUUCAUGCAAAUCCAGAAAUCACUGCUGCUCUUGCUGAGAUGGCAGAGGAUUCUUUGGAGAGCGUCAUGCCACUCCUUCACGUGAUGCCGUCGGUAGAUCGAGCAAAUCACCUGGUUGUCGUCCAUCAUAACACCGAAGGGCUGUCUUGUCAUGUGCAGGACAUCAGGUGCCACCACGAGCUGCACUUUGCUGAUGUUUUGUGCUUCACAGAGACACACCUUCAAGGAUCUGUGGCUGAUGGACGUGCCUGCUUGGAAGGCUUCACAAUGUUUCACAGGAACCGAAGAGAUUCUUACACAAACUGUCCUGACUUGGCAACAAAACUUGGUGGCGGCGUAGGUAUUUGUGUCAAAAGUCACAUUGCAGCCCAGGAAAAGAAAUACAUACAGGGUGUGACCGACAUUGAAUUUGUUGUGGUGAAACUUGAAGCUCCCCUCAAUGUGUUGAUUGCUGCCGUUUACAGGCCUCCAGGCAACAGUCUGCGCACUUUUCUGCCAAGCUUGGGAAAUCUCUUGCGGUACCUUGAAGUAAUGGACCAUCAUCAGAUCUUGGUAUGUGGAGAUUUUAAUGAAGAUAUGCUAUCUGCCUCAUUCAAGCCCAUUCUCGAUUUUUUUCGCUCAACAGGUUACACGCAACUCAUAACCACUGCUACCACUGACAAAAACACAUUGCUUGACUUAAUUUUUGUCUCUCGACCUCAGUGUGCUCUUCAUUCAGGUGUCUUGCAAACGUACUACAGCUAUCACAAUCCUGUUUUCUGUGUUUUGGCCACUGAAAGGUAAGUCACAGCUAAAUCAUGUGGUUCAGCAUUUGCAAAAAGGAUGGAAAUCAGAACGUGAACGUUGUCGUAAGUGUAUAAUAUUAGUGGUGGGAUGUGGUGGGUGAUUUGUUGCCUUUAGGUGAGAUGGGAUCUGGGGCGAAAGUUGCUCAAAAUGACAAAUGAAAGAAACCUGCUGGAAUAGUGGUUGGGGGUCGGUGAGGAAUCACGUUGAGUUAAGGGAAGGCAGAGGCUUAUUAAAAUUUCAAAAAGCCUUCCCUUAACUCAACUUUUUAAUUUUUAAAAAGCCUUCCCUUAACUCAACUUUUUAUUUUUAAAAAGC